AUGUCGUCGUCAGUUCACUUCAAAUUCAAAUCACAGAAAGAGCCUUCCAGAGUAACAUUUGAUGGCACUGCGAUUUCUGUAUUUGACUUGAAAAGAGAAAUCAUCACUAUCAACAGACUUGGUGACGGUACAGACUUCGAGCUCGCCAUUUACAAUGAGGGCGACAACACAGAGUAUGAUGACGAUACAACCCUAAUACCACGAUCGACCUCGGUCAUUGCACGCCGUCUCCCUGCAAUCAGACCUGGUAGAGGUGGAGCUGCUCGAUAUGUCAGCGGCAAAGCACCCGUCAAUGCCAGACACACCUCGGCAAAUGACACUUCCAGAUCCAAUGCGACCUCGACAAAAGCCAAAGGCUCAGACAUGAGUACUGCCCAAACGGAAGAAGAGCGUGUCAAGGCCAUGUUUAACCUAGAGGGCGAACAGUGGAGGCAAAAACAGCAAGAAAUGGCAACUGAGCAAAGAGUCCCUUUUGGUGCCAGCAAAGCGUUCCCCAAGAAAAGCAGCAACAUCCCAGAAGGCGAGCCUCCUCGAGGUUAUGUCUGCUAUCGGUGUGGCAAGAAAGGUCACUGGAUCCAAGCAUGCCCUACCAAUGACGAUCCGACUUUUGAAGGCAAAGCUCGCAUCAAGCGAACGACCGGAAUUCCUCGAACCAUGCUGAAGACGGUUGACAAAUCUGAGCUUGAGAACCUUGACGAGGCAACAAGACAACAGGUAAUGAUCAACGGAGACGGAGAAUACGUGAUAGCGCAAACAGACGAAAAGGAGUGGAAAAAACAUCAGGAAAAGGUCAAGGCAUCUGCUGCGGCACAAGAGAGAGCUAGCAAAGGAGAUCGGGAACUUCAAACUCGUGGUCUGGAAUGUCCAAUCGACAAGCGCCUGUUUGUAGAUCCUGUGAAGACACCAUGUUGUCAGAGGACUUACUGCAAUGAAUGUAUUUCUACUGCUUUGAUUGAUUCUGAUCUUACAUGCCCUAGCUGCUCGACCGAAAAUGUCACCCUCGAAGAACUUGUUCCAGACGAAGAAACCCAAGCAAAGGUCGACACAUUCAAAACAGAGAAGGCGGCUGAAAAGAAACAAGACGACGAGUCGAAAAGCGUCAAUUCCAGUCCCAGUGUAAAGGCCGCCACCCCUGUGAAGUCCUCAGCAUCCAAUCAUUCGGGAAGUCAGUCGCCCUCCGCUAGCCCUGCAAAUGGCGAAGUCGGAUCCAAGAAACGAGGAGCCAAUCAGAUGGCAGAUACAAAGACGUUAACAGCUACAGCACCAGAAAUGAAACGGCAACGAUCGGGUGAGACUCCAGCGAACAGCAAGCCGUCGCUGCAAAUGCCGAAUGGCACACCAGCUCCUCCAGAGGCAUCAUCAACUCCCAGUCUCGCAUUUAAUCAGAUGAUGCCACCAGACAUGUCCCAAAUGAUGCAAAACAUGGGUAGUCAGAAUAUGAGUUUUCCAACGCCUAUGCCUAUGCCUAUGUCAAUGCCCGGGAUGCCAUUCAUGCCGAAUAUGGACAUGAUGAAUCCAGGACUGAUGGGCAUGCCAGGAAACUUCAUGCCUCCGAACUUCAAUAUGAAUGGAAUGACUGGUGUCAACGGCAUGAACGGCAUGAAUUUCAUGCCUGGUAUGAAUUUUGCACCUAAUCAACCCAACGGCAGUUUUCACAAUCCGAACAUGAACGGCAACCACUUCGGCCAGCCAAAAACAUACUCUAAUCACCAUCAACCCAACAUGCCAGGCGUGCCAACUGGACCUCGAAAGCAAAACGUUCCCACGGCACCUUCGAUCGCCAAUAGAUUUUCCAACCAACAACGACAUCUGGGAAAGGAGGAGGAUAAUGCGUACAUGCGCCAACCGGUGAACCCUCACCGACACCAGAACCGGCAGAAGCGGGUACGACCAAGUGAUUACCGUGAGUUAGGAGCUUAA